UUUUCCUAGCUCUUCAUACCAGAACCAAAUCAUAACCCUUUUCGAUUUUCCUGCCACCUUCCUAUUUAUAUAGCGUGGCUAAGCCAGCAUUUCUCUCCAUCCUUCACUUGCCUCUUAAUUUCCUCUCUCCCUCCCUCUCUCUCGGGCUUGCUUAGCGAUAUAGAAGGAAAAAAUGGGUGAAAUUUCUUGCUCUAAUGGCAUUGGCAAUGGAAAUGGUGUGAAUGGAAAAACCCAUUCAUCACUGAAUGGUUAUAGGAAGAGCUGUUGGUAUGAAGAAGAGAUUGAAGAGAACUUGAGAUGGUGUUUUGCUCUUAAUAGUAUUUUGCAUACAGGGGCUUCUCGGUAUCAAGACAUUGCACUAUUAGACACAAAGCCGUUUGGAAAGGCUUUAAUCAUUGAUGGAAAGCUUCAAAGUGCAGAAGUGGAUGAGUUCAUCUACCAUGAAUCUCUUGUUCAUCCAGCACUUCUUCAUCACUCAAGUCCAAAGACAGUCUUUAUAAUGGGAGGAGGUGAAGGUUCCACUGCAAGAGAAAUACUAAGACACAAAACAGCGGUGAAGGUUGUCAUGUGUGACAUCGAUGAGGAAGUGGUAGACUUCUGCAAGGCGUACUUGGCUGUGAAUAGAGAAGCUUUCUGUGAUCCAAGACUUGAGGUCAUCAUCAACGACGCCAGAGCUGAGCUAGAAAUUGGAAAGGAGUGCUAUGAUGUGAUCAUAGGAGACCUCGCAGACCCAAUCGAGGGAGGUCCAUGUUACAAACUUUACACCAAAUCCUUCUAUGAACACACCGUCAAGCCUAAACUCAAUCGCGGUGGCAUAUUUGUCACUCAGGCAGGGCCAGCUGGAAUUUUCAGCCAUACGGAAGUGUUCUCUUGUAUCUGCAACACUUUGAAGCAGGUGUUCAAAUAUGUGGUGCCUUAUUCAGCUCAUAUCCCUUCCUUUGCUGAUACUUGGGGAUGGGUCAUGGCUUCAGAUACUCCAUUGACGCUGAGUGCCGAUGAGUUAGACAGCAGAAUCAAACAGAGAGUUCAAGGGGAAAACAGAUAUCUUGACGGUAAAACAUUUUCAUCAGCCUCAACUUUAAGCAAAGCAGUUCGAAAAUCACUUGACAAUGAAACUCAUGUCUACACGGAGGGGACAGCCAGGUUCAUUUAUGGGCAUGGCAGCGUUCAAAAACAGAAUCAAGCAUAAUCAAUAAGAAAUGGAUUGGAAGGAGCCCCAACCAAAAGCGGAAAGUGAAUUAAGAAUGCAAGCGGCACAUAAUUUUGAAAACUUACUCUUUUCUGGUUCAUUAUAUGUUUUUUCUUUUAUCUACUAAAUCGUGUAUGUUAUGUUUUUUUUUUUACUUUUGCUUGUUUACUUACCUAAUGGAAUGAUAUAAUCGUAAUGGAUGGAUCUUUGCUCUU